CUUCCGGUUUGGGUGAAUCUACUACUAACUACGAGCCGUCACUAUGGAGCUGGAGGCCAUGACCAGAUACACGAGUCCGGUGAACCCGGCCGUGUUUCCUCACCUCACCGUGGUGCUGCUCGCCAUCGGCAUGUUCUUCACAGCGUGGUUCUUUGUCUACGAGGUAACGUCCACGAAAUACACACGAGACAUAUACAAGGAGCUGCUCAUCUCACUGGUCGCGUCACUCUUCAUGGGCUUCGGCGUUCUCUUCCUGCUGCUUUGGGUUGGAAUCUACGUGUGAAGGUUGCAGAUUGGCAAGAACGUUCCAACGGCUCUGUGUUACAUCAGUGCUUAUAGAUCUCUCUCUCACUCUCACACACACACACACACACACACACACACACACACACACACACACACGGGAUUGGACUUUGCACUGGCAACAUGUUGACAGUUAGUGGUUUGACCUUUGACCCCAAUAAAACUGAUUUUGUAAGAA